AUGUCAGUACAACAUGGUUGUGAAGAAAGAGGGCCUGACACAGCGCCGUCUUGCCACGGCGUGGGACUUUUGAAGCAAGCCUUUGGAUACCCGCAGCUUCCGGACCCCCUAAGCCUUAGCGCCCGGCCGCAAACUCGCGAACUGACCUGCCAACCACCGCCUGACGACAAGAAGCGCCACGGCAGGCCUGCAAACACACAAGCAGAUGCCAUUCGUCAUCGCAUCGAGCCACAGACACUAUAUAACGCGUUGUCCUGGUUGGAGGCGAAGGCCAAGCAACAAGCGGAUUGGGAGCUCCGCAAAGCAGCUCUUAACCACCCAUGCGUGAAGGAUGAUUCCGUUGGCAUCCCUCUUGGGCCAGCCCUUGAAGAUCGGACUGGCGGGAGUGGUGCAAACUACUGCUAUCUCAUCCUCUUCAAUCUCAACAAAAAGAACAAUCUUGGCGCCAUUCUGCGGUCUGCAGCCGCCUUUGGUGUUCGCCUGGUGAUGCUGGUCGGGCGUCAAGGGUUCAAGGCAUUCUGCAAGAAAAGUGGUCAGGGCGUCGUUCCUAUUGAGAACGCAGCUACAGUUCAAGAAGCAGUGGCUGCGUUGAAGGCACGACACCCCUCUGGAGAGCUUCAAGUUUGUGGAGUGGAAAUUCUGCCGCAGGCGCAGUCUCUCCAUUCCAGCCCAUUCCGCGGCCCCACAGCGUUUAUGGUGGGCAAUGAACGUGGAGGUCUUACGCGUGAGCAAAUCGAUCAUUGCGACAGCUUCGUCUACAUCCCUCAGUUUGGUGGUGGGGUGGGCUCUUUGAACGUGGCCUGUGCCUGCAGUGUGGUUCUGUAUCAGUUCAGUGCAUGGGCUUCGAGAACCACGAGUGGAUUGGGCUUUGCUGAGGAUGAGCGCCCUCAGAUGGCAACACCCCAUGGUGCUGGCUCCUUUGCACUGCAAGGGGCGCGACCUUUGCCUCCGAAGUUAGUGGAUGCUGUGGAGUUUCAAGGUCUGGGACCCGCGAUGCGGGUGGCGUCAAGCGGACACGCAGCGAAUAGAUUGGCUUCGGCAAAAGCAGAGUCUGGCAAGGCCUGCUGCGGAUGCCUGCGGAUGCCUGCGGAUGCCUGCGGAUGUGCUCCAGUAGGGCUUGGUGACCCAGGCCUGGAGGCCGAGAUGCGUCUGUCCUUCUUCCUAUGCCUUCCUGUGUGUGGCUUGGUAGCUCUAUUGGAUCCAGGAGUUGCAGUUUUGCCUGCGAAGUGGUUAGUUCCCAAAUCACCUCUGCAGAAGGAGGGCCCUCGAUGCCAGGAAGUUCGACGGCUCCUGCAGCAGGGCGCCGGAUCUUUGGCGGCUCAAAAGCUGCUGGAAGCCGCGCGAGAGGAUCUGCUUCACGACGACAUUGUAGAGGGGCUAAACCUGGUGGCAUUUGCUUGCGGAGUCUCCUCAGACCAAGCGUGCUUGCAGAACUUGCUGCGGGAGGUGGCGGCGAUCGUUGGGGCACUUCCGCCGCAGUCUAUUGACCUGGUCGACUUGCCCAAACUUUCUCAACUGGUUUCUUCGGUUUUGAACUUGGAGGCCAAGGAAGGCGCAGCCGCUGAAGCGGCGAAACUUUGCACACUCUCGCACAGUUCAACGAGGCUACCUUUGGUGAAGGCUGUGCAUGAGGUUGCCUUGUCCUGUAGAAAUCCAGGGCAGCGAGUGAGACUCGGACUUGGCAUUUUGGACCAGGCGAAACGGCAAGGAUUGGAGCGAUUGGGGUGGCCUGGAGGAUAUGCUUUGGCGCAGCUGCUGGCCGGCUGUAGCCUGGCGGGUGCAGCCUUCCUUCCCGCUGCGCGGAAGUUGGUGAAGGCCAUGAACUUCGUACCCGGCUGUUUGGGUACGAGCUUGCAGCCAGAUCUCUUGACCUUCGCUCGGUGUUUGCUCGCUGACAGCGAGAGGUUGAAUCCUGAAGUUCCCCUUGUGCAGUUAGCCGCGCAGUGUGCUGCAGCGCCCGGCUGUGUCAGCACAGGGCGGCACGGCGCGGUGCUUCAAGAUAGCGAGGGCCAGGUUCUUUCAGUUGGAAUGAAUCGCAACGUUCGGCUGGCCACUGGAAGGAAUAUGGAUAUCCAUGCUGAACUGGAUGCACUACUGCGGCUUCCCUAUCUGAGGGCUGCACGAGGCGGACGGAUUUGCAUCGUUCAGCUGGAUGAUUACGGCGUUGGCUUCUGCGAUGCGAAGCCUUGCAAGGGUGGCUGCCGACAGGGCCUUCAGAUCUUUCAGAUUGGGAAGGUCGUACAUACUUCCAAGAGCUAUGGAGCUUUGAUUGAGGAGCCUGUACCUUCCAAUCCACUGGUGCAAUCGAUGUCAAUGGCGCACCUGCGACGCAGUGGUUUGGCUCAUGCCUUGCCAAAGAUCAUCUUGCCCGUGGAGGUGCCGUUCAAUCAGGAGGUCUCACCAGAGGCUGUGCAAAAGUUGCUAGAUGAAGCGCACCUUUUGAAUUGA